AUGUUUCCUUUACGAUCAGGACCUAUACUUUUAUUACCUGUCGUUCAACCUCAUCUUCGAUUUUUUUCUCCACAAAUUCCAUUGAAUUCAAAUGCUUUAUUAUCAACAUCAUCAUCUUUACCAAAAUCAUUUCCUAUUCCAAUGGAAAAUCGAGAUGAUUUCUUUUGCGUUGAUCCAAAAUCACUUAGUAUAGAACAACUCAAUAAAUAUAAAAAAGAAAUAAUUCAAUUAAUUGAUAUAGAAAAAAAUAAUUUUGAAAGAAUUAAAAACGAUUCAAAUGCACGUAUUAAUGCUUAUAAUCAAGGAAUAUUAUUAGCAAAAGAAAAUAUCGAAGGAAUCACUGAAGAAAUAACUUAUGAAAAAAAACUUACAGAUGAAUUUAAAAAAGAAUCUACAUCACGUAUUGAAGCAUAUCAAAAUGGUAUUCAACGUGCGAAUUACGAAUUAAGCAUACGAAAAGGAAAAUAA